AAUAAUGCCUCAUUAACAUGUGUAUCUUAUGCAGCUGUGUAUAAAGUUGCCCCUAUAAAAAGUUAAAGCGUUUCCUCGUGUCGCGCUGUCCCUCCCUGGUAGCUUCUGUGACGCUGCACAAUAACUGGGACAAUCCUGCGAGAACAGCUCACUACUAGCAGGAUUCCUGGCGCCGAGUGCCCUGAAAGUGGGUUAUUAAGCAGUGAGAGGUGUCACGCACGUUCUCCUCAGCGCUGACGUGGAUCUGGUGAUUCCGUGGCAGAUUCGAUUUAUGGAGUUAUGGGACCCGGAAUGUGCUUCCCAGAUAAUGUUGUGUUUACUUUAUGGACUGUUAAAACCUUCAUAUUGACUUAUCUGUUGUGUCACAUACCUUCGCUCACGAUGGAUGUAAAGAAGAUGAGUUACGGACUUGGUCUUGUGGUGGUUGGCGACUCAAAAGUCGGCAAAACUUGUCUUAUACAGACGUACGGAACAGGGGAGUUCCCUGAAGAUUAUGAGAUAACAGUGGGACACUCCUACACUCACAACCUCAGAAUUAACAAAGAGAAGAUUGAGGUAAAUAUACACGAUACAGGAGGAUCAAGAGAGCAUGCAGGAGUGAGGCACAUGCUGUACAACAAGGCUGAUGUUUUUAUCAUUUGCUUCAGUUUAAUCGACAGAAAGACAUUUCAACAUGUUGAACAGUUUUGGUUAAACGAGUUAAGAAGAUUACGGGGAGACAUAGCAUUUGUGAUGGUCGGUUGUCAAUCUGAUAUGAGACAAGGCAUCAAUCCUUACCAUGUGCCAAAAAAUGAAGGUAUGCAGUUAGCAAGAGAUCUUGGAUGUCAUUAUUACGAAUGUUCGUCAGUUACUCAGAGAAACGUAAAAGAAGUAUUCGACAAAGCUGUGAUGAUAGCGAUGGACUUGGAGCCACGUGCAAUGAAAGAGGAUAGCGGCUGUCUGGGAUUUUUAGAUGGCUGUUUUUCAACGAGCGAUAAACCAUGAGUAAUUGGCAGUGUGGUAGUCUUGGUAUGAAAUUGAAGGUUUGAUUUGGAGCGCUCAAACGCUCUGUUUUCGUGAGGAAGUGAUUUGAAAGCUGGUGACUUGGAGCAGACUUUUUAAUAAUUACUAAAAUUUGCUGGAAAUUCUGUUAAUGAUCAGAGAAAUGAAACCCAGAAACCGUAACAUUUCGUGGUGAUAAAACUUCUGAAAUCAAAAACAUCGUGCUCGCUCAAACUAAAAAAAAAGCAUUUCAAUCUUAUGUGAGGAUCACCCUCGAAGUGCUAUUUCAAUUAAUACUUUUAGAGUCAGCGAAGAAAUGAAUUAAGUUAUUUCGAUUAAUCUAAUCUGUAAAUAUGCAAUUUUUUUAGAUCUUCAAAAUCAAAAUUUCAAUUUGAUGAUCAUUGAUCAGUUAAUGUUAUUAAAGCCA